CUGGUUGUCACACCGGUGGUCGGUGUAUCCCAGUCGAUCGGAAACCCGUCUACACUGGACAAGUGAUUAUCGAUCCGCACGAAUAAGUGAAUCGAGUGUACCGAAGUGCCUGUAAUUUAAGAAAUCUGUGCAACGCGCUUCUCUCGAUCUGGUAUCGUCGCCUCGUACUCUUCCGCUCCUUUCAUCUUGCAUUCCCUUCGACCAUCCUAUCUUCGCUUUGCGAUUCUCUCUUUUUGCUUUUCCCCCUUUCUCUACCUCUCUCUUUGUCGCUCUUUUCUCUGCUCCAUUCCUCGGUCGACCGGUCUCUCAAGGGGGCGUGCUUGGCCACAUUCAACAAUGAGCGAACGCAAAACUAUCUAAGCACGAGGCGCGAACGAAUGGUUCCUUGUGUUUUCAGCCUGUGUGUGGCCUGAUCUUUGCCCCGCGAGUGUGUUUACGCUGUGAAACAGUCGCUCAACCUUUUUUUCGGAUUUCAAAUGGAUUCACAACGGCCAAUAACUUAACGAGAUGAGGAUUGUCUUUUAAGCAUACAGUGCUUCUCCAUAAAAAAAAUCGAAAGAACGAUGAAAAAGAGGCGCAUUAAUUAGCCGAUAAUCAGAACGAUGCAUCAUGGCUUCGUCUUUAGGGGGACCAGGAAUGGUGUCGGGUGUUCCGACACCGCGACGAGUCAACCUGGAGUUUCCACCACCUCCACCUUAUCCACCGCCUCACAGUCAGAUAGCCUGUACGGGAUUGGUGGAUCCUGGACCGGUGGCGUCCGCUAUGACGAACCCAGCUCACCAGCAUCCCCUUCAGGAUUAUUCGUACGCUUACUUCGAACCUGGCCCGAGUCGGUUGCAUGGUACAUAUCCGGCGGAAGUGGGCCUGAAUCGUAUGCAGCAGCAGCAACAGCAACAAUUGCGGCCGGAGUCGUUCAAGAGGCACACGUACAUGACACGAUAUGGCACAGAGGAGAAUAUUUACGAGGAAAUAUCGGAAAUCAACAGACAAUGUCACCGAGGGUUGCAUGGUUCGAGAAGAUCCUUGGUGGCAGAGGAAGUACGACGAGUUCAAUCACGACACCGUCGAGUCCUGGGAGAAUUGAACUUGAGCGUAGAAGCGAUGCUGAUGCCCACCGUGAUCGAUAAUAACGACGAGGAAGAGUCACAGGAUCAACGUGGAGCGUCCACAGAGGAAUUGUUAUCCUCGGUCAGUCCCACCGACGACCUCCUUUCGCCAGUUGGCUGUGACAUGGACAGCGGCUUCAGUGGAAGCUCCAGUGCAAGUUACAGGUCUGGACUGGGAUCGUUGAGGAGGGAAAUGGGCAAGACUAGCACUCCAGAAUUAGCGGGCGGGCAGCGUAAAACGAAGGCGGCUAUGAUCUGGAAAAAGGGUUGGAAAGGCUGGAAGAAACUGCAUUCUUUUGGAAACAAUAGCAACAAGACUGAUGAACCACGUUCAAGAUGCAGAUCAUGGGAUGACGUAGGACCGACUAAAAUGGAAACUGUCGGUCAAACGCACAGACAGCACCAUCCCUCGUUGGAGGCAACUAGGUCUAACACCUCGACACAGUCGGCUAGAAGCGAGGACUCUUGGUGCUCAGCGUCAGAUCAUGAUCUUUCCUCGGACGACGAGAGCGAGAAGAGUAAUAUCAGUAUUAAAAGUAAUUGCCAAUUGAGGAAUACGUUGCACAAAGCAAGGACACUGUGCGACAAGUGGAGGCCGCAAAAUAUGCGAGUGAACAAUGCCGACGCAUUGGAUUCACCUGGAAACCAUGGAAGACUAUCUAGAUGGUUCAGCAUCCGGAGAGGAUCGACACAACAAUACGAUGUGGAUUCUUCCGACACGAUGUCACUUACCAGCCCCAUCAAAACUCCACAAAUGCCACAACUUUGCGAAGUUGAAGAGGAGAAUAGUGCAAUGGUGCAAUUUCAGUGCAUGCAGCAACGCAGACAAACGCCACCCACUCUUCCGCCGACACCUCCGAAUUUAACUCCUCAACAGCUAAAACGUCGACACAUAGUAGCCGCUAUAGUACAUUCUGAAAACAGUUAUGUAUCCACGUUACAGAGGCUAGUGAACGAUUACAAGAAACCAUUGGAGGAAUCUUCCCCACCCAUAUUGAGCCAGGCUAAAAUAGCGACAUUGUUUCAUAGAUUGCCUGAAAUUUUGCAAUGCCAUACGUUAUUUAGAAUUGCAUUAGCGGAAUGCGUACGUUCAUGGGACAAGGACGAAAAGUUAGGAGACGUGUUUGUAGCAAGUUUCAGCAAAGCUAUAGUUCUUGACAUUUAUAGUGGAUUUAUCAAUAAUUUUUCAGUAGCUAUGGAUUUGGCUAAGCAGGAAUCAAAGAGAAAGACUGCGCUUGCCGAUUUUUUCAAGGUAAAACAAAUAAGCGCACAUGAUAGAUUGUCUUUCUUCGGAUUAAUGGUAAAACCUGUUCAGAGGUUUCCACAAUUUAUACUAUUUUUACAAGAUUUAUUAAAACAUACACCGCAAGGUCAUCAUGAUAGAAUGUCGUUGCAAUUGGCAUUAACUCAAUUAGAGAGUUUAGCAGAAAUGUUGAAUGAGAGGAAACGCGAAGCAGAACAAUUUCAAGCAUUUAAAGAAAUGCUUCGACAUGUAUCUGGAAAAUUAUCCCAUCGUCCCCUUUCGUCUUCAUCUAGAUAUCUUAUAAGAGAAGAUAACGUUACACAGUUGGAAUUUAACCAAAAUGGUAUGAUAACAAAAUCCAAAAGAAGAAGAUUAUUAUUAUUAAAUGAUCUCGUAGUGUGCGUUUCAGUGACUCCAAGAUCCGCAGAAGAUUUUAGCGGAAGUGAGAGAUUAACUUUAAAAUGGACGUAUCCUGUAUCAGAUAUCGAGAUUCAAGAUACAAGCACUUCACCGACAUUGAGUCGUUUACUUACUGCUGGCUUAAAUAAGGGUGGUAGCCUAAAAUCUGACAAAAGUGGGGAAUGCGGACAAGUGGGUGCAGAUAAUUUAUGCGUAGAAAUGAAUGAUUUAAUGCAUGAUUAUGAGGUCAUGUCUAGAAUAAGUGAUUUAGUUGCACAAUUAAAGGGUAAAUACGAGGGAAUGACACUUGAAAAAACUAAGCAAAUUUUGCAAUCCAUACAACUUUCAAUACAACAGAAGGAUGAAGAUAUGGUUUGGGCAGACAGUUGUUGCUUGCAAUUGGUGACAAAACAAGGACAGAUGUAUACGUUCCAAACUGAAAAUCCUUUGGUGAAAAAGGAUUGGAUAACAGAACUUAGAUUAGCACAACUAGCCUUAGAUCCGAAUAAUUCACCAUCUUGGGAAGUACCUGAACAAGAACAAAGACCAUCUACUAAAAUGCCGCUUUUUGUUAGUUCUCAACAAGUAUAUCAUUCGCAACAUCAGACAGAAGUACGUUGCGGCUGUUAUUAUAUUACACAAAAUCUACGUCCCACGAGGCGCCGUGGCAGAAGUCAAUGUUAUUUAUGGAUAUGUACGGGGGACGGUAUAUCCAGUCACGUAACAGUAUUUGGCCAAUCAACAACAGCUUCGGCAACUUCCUUAAAACAGGCUACAGCUUUUGAUUUGGUAGAAACUAAAGUUGCUGCGAUAGAAUUUGUAAAGGGUGUUUCUUCGGAUUCACUGUCAUUAGCGAGCGAUCUCGUGUGGAUGGGUACGGAUUCUCGUAAAAUUAUAAUCUACGCCGCUUCGGAACCUGAAAAACAAGAAGAACUAGGAAAUUAUUCUGUCUCGGGUCCAGUAAUACAAAUUAAGUAUCAUUGCGAUAAUGUUUUCGUUGCCCUAGGAAUUGGCUUACUCCUUCUCUUCAAAAGACAAGUGGACGGCACUUGGAACCUUAGAGAACCAUUUGUGAUAACUCUAGGCAGCGAAUCUGUAUCAUGCUUGAUGCCAAUUAACGCAUCUGUCUAUGCUGCUUGUGGCAAAAAAGUUUGGGUACUUAAUGCAAUCAGUGGCGAAGUCACGAAAAGUUUUAGUGCACAACACGAACAUGUAGGCAGCGUAAAACUCAUGGCUCAUUCUGGAGUCGGUCUCUGGGUUGCUCUAAAAAAUUCAAGCACUGUCUGCUUGUAUCAUACAGAAACUUUUAAACACUUGCAAGAUAUCAACAUAGCAUCCAAUGUUUUGAGAGUGACUAGAUCAAAUAAUGCCUCGAGUUCUUGUGGUGACAACGUAAACAACAAUCAAACUACUGUUACAGUAACAGCACUUUUAGCAUGCAAGGGCCUUCUGUGGGUGGGUACAAAUGUAGGUAUCAGUCUAACAAUUCCUCUGCCCCGAUUGGAAGGUGUACCUAUCAUCAGUGGUCGCGUUAAUAUUUCUUACCACGCACAUUUUGGUCCUAUCACCUUUUUACUAGCUAUUCAAAAUCCGAAGAAUACAAUAAAUUGUACAACUGAUGAAAUUAAUGACGAAGAAAAUGUACAAUUGAGGCCAAAGGAAUCGGAUGCUGCUAGAAACAGAGAUCGAGCAAGUUUGGAUUCUACUAUGUCAAACAGUAUAUUGAAGUUGAAACAACAAUUAGCGGGCAGUCCAGUAAUGCUAAGACGGAAACGUAGCAAAGAGUAUGAAUAUAGAGGUUCGAAAACGCUUCCUAGAGGACUUGGUUCUGGUGGAGGAUUCCUUUCAAGCUCAAUGUCCGGAUCGCAGAGUUCUGGGGAGAAUUGCGAUGUCUACGGUUUGUAUGGAGAAUUAAUGUACGUAAAAGAUUACGAAAAUGAAAAUAGCUCUGGUAUCGAUUUAAUUUAUGAACCGUUGAGAAGAAGCGAUCCAGAACUGGCAGCCAUACCAAAUAAAGUUAGUACCUUAGACCGAAGAUUAAAGAUGAAAAUCACCAGGCCUAGGUCACUCGAUCUAUCGAAUUGGUCGGUCGAUUCUCACGCAAGUUCUCUGUACACAUCUUCUGGCUCUGAAGAGAAUCUCUCAUUGAAAACUGGCAAAUUGUCCCGAAACAGUAGUUCAGCUAGUCGAAAUGGUCCCUACGAAACGACUACUCUCAACAGUAGUAUAGGACAGUCUGUAACAGAAACAAUACCAUCAUCCAACAAUAUAAAAUCUAAUGGUAAAAAAAUCAACAAGACAUCGCAGCAAGUUGAACAGCCUAAACGAACCGUUUUAACGCUAAUGGGUGGUCAAGGUUAUAUAAAUUGGAGACAACUAAACACGCAAUCCGUUGGCGACAAAGCUUCUAAAUCCGGUUACACUUUUAAAGAUCCCAAUACUAAUGAUGCUCAUAUCGUGUUAUGGGAAAUGAAAUUAUGAUACUCAGUCACGCUAGGACUGUCGUUACGCCAGUAUGGAUAGAAAUGGUAAAAUGCUUUUAAUGGCCGAUGGCGAGCUUUGUAGUAUCGGCAAAUAGGACCAAAAAAAAAAGAAACUGUUGUCGAACUGAUAUCCACUUAAUUAAUAAGGAUAUUCGGUAAAGAUUCGUUAAUUAACUAGCACAGUUUUAAGUUAGUUGCUAUGGGUGUUCAAAGAAAAUGUUUUUGAAACUAUGUUUAAAACGAUAUUUAACAUUUUCAAAUGU